AUGAGUUAUUUCGGAUUCAUUUCUUUGUUCAUUUUUUCACUCGUCUUCAUUCCUUCAUUAAUUUUUCAUAACUUCUCAAUGUCUGCAACGAGUCCACGAAUUGACUGGCCAAUUUUUGCCCCGAACUUUGCCUUCCAAACUGACAAAUUUACGGGGGAACUUUUAGGUUUUCAUGCCGCUUGGUUAUUUUUUCCCUGCAACGAGUUGUCAAAGGAGGGUAUUUUAGCAACACCCCUUUGUGGGUUGCCUUCUAUAACAUUGAAAUUGGUUUUGUUUUUUUUUCUUUUAACGACGAACUGUCGUUUAACCCGUCUAACCUCAUCCUCUGGUAGCUGUCAAUUUGACCACCAAUUUAUCCGUGUUUCAAUCGUGGGAUGCUUGGCCCUCAUGGCUGUUACGAUGCCAGGAAUUGGUAUUGCUCAUAUGGAUUCACCUCAGCAGCAGUUUCAAGUCAAGCUGUACUUUAAUGACUUGCAUAUAAGAGAAGAAUUUCCGUUGUGUUUAGUAGAUUUAUUAUGUUUCAUAAUGCAACAGGCCUAUCAAAUAAAAAUAAGUUGGAUUACACAACAAAAUCUUAGCAGACGUGAAUGCACAAACUAG